GUGGAGGACUCGGAGCUCAGAGUUGUUCAGACCUGAGAGCGGAAUGGCGACCCCGAGGAGUUUCUUCUUCUCUAUCUGCGGGUUUCUUCUACUUUUCUGUUUCUCUUCUGGGUCCGGAACCUCCAGCAACAGGCGAGCAAACCAGGAUCGAUGCGGUUACAGGGUGCAGUCUGCUGCAGAGGGAGUUCGUAAGCUGGCCGUCACCUUCAGAGCUGACAACUGUUCAUUAAGCUAUCCACUGGGGAAACACGUGAUCCAUGAGGUCUCCAACGUCUCUUUCAGCCACCUGGCUUGUGAUGAUCAGGCUGCCGUGGUCGUCCACUGGUCUGCAAGUCCACUAGGAAUUGAACACAUUAAAGGUUUCAGAGUUUAUCUGGAGGACAAAAAUCCAGACGGGAAACAGUGUCAGCACCUCAUCCUCAAAGACCCUCGGCAGCUCAACUACUCCUACAGGAGCACGAAGCUGAGCAGUCAGCCGUUCAGCAGUUUGACCUUUGACACAGACUACAUGGUUCGUGUUGUUCCUUUUCCAUCUUUGAUGAAUGAAAGCUUCUUCCCUCCAUCUUUCCUGCGGACCAACUCAUGUGAAGUCCUCCUUGGAGCAGACAGCCUGGUCUGCAAACCAUUCUGGAAGCCAAAGAUCCUGAACGUGUCUCAGCUGGGAUCAAACCUUCAUGUGACGUUCGAUUUGGCUCCAGCAUCCUUCAGCUUCCCGUUUUAUUACCUGUACUACCGGCAGCGGCAGGACGGCCUCUUCAGAGUACAGCGCUGCAGUCCGGACCUGAACCAGGCCAGGACAACCUGUGUCCUCCAGGACAUCACUCAAGGAACCUACGUCAUAGAGCUUAGAGACACCAGUAACACCACCAGGAGGCAAAUUCAGUACCACGUCAGCCAGGUCCACUCCCCCUGGGCGGGGCCUAUCCGUGCCAUGGCCAUCACCGUGCCCUUGGUCAUCAUGUCUGCCUUCGCCACCCUCUUCACUGUAGUGUGUCGCAAGAAGCAGCAAGAAAAUAUCUACAGUCAGCUGGAUGAGGAGAGCAGCGAGUCAUCCAAUCAGAGUGCGGCGAUGAACAGCGAGCGGCCGUGGCCACGCCCCAAAGUCUUCAUCUGUUACUCCAACAGAGACUGCUCUAAACACACCAGCGUUAUCCAGAGCUUUGCCUACUUCCUGCAGGACUUCUGUGGCUGCGAGGUGGUGCUGGACCUGUGGGAACAUCUGGAGAUGUGCAGAGAGGGUCAGAUGUCGUGGCUGAGCCGACAGCUGGAUGAAGCAAACCUUAUCAUCACCGUCUGUUCUAAAGGCCUCCGAUAUCAUGUGGAAAAGAAAAGUCGCAGAGGGAAGACCCCCGUCGGUCGCCGUGGUAAUGGAGGCAUCUCUCCGAUUGGCGGAUCCCACGGCGAUCUGUUUGUUGUGGCCGUGGCGAUGAUCGCAGAGAAGCUGCGGCUGGCGAAGCAGAGCAAGGACGGCGGGGAUCAGGAGCUGAGCCGCCUCAUGGCCGUAUACUUCGACUAUUCAACAGAAAACGACAUCCCCACUGUGCUGAAUCUGGCUCCCAGGCUGAAGCUCAUGGAUCAGCUGCCUCAGCUCUACAGUCGGCUCCAUUCCAGUCAGUCCGCUUUGGCUGAUCCUGAGCAGCAGCCCAUCAACAUCUCCAGGAGGAACUACUUCAGGAGCAAAUCUGGACGCUCGCUCUACGUAUCCAUCUGCAACAUGCACCAGCACAUCAGCCAGAACCCGGACUGGUUUGAAAAGCAGCUAUCUCCUGCCGGAGGGUCCUCCGCUCCGUCUGACAGGCCCUCCAAACACAUUCCUCUUCCUGCGGUCCCCCCUCAGAGCCCUCCUCCAAAGCCAGCCUGCUCCUCAGCGCCACAGCCAGAGCGGCAGUUUGACUCCGGCUUGGUGCUGAAUGAGGUCCUGGUGAGGACGCCUUCGCUGGACGGAGUGGAUGGAUUGCCAAGGAGGAACAUGCUCCUGCUGUCCCCUGGCUUUAGUCCCAGUCACAGUCCGGGUCUUUGUCCCAGUCCAGAGCUGCCACACUGUUCUUUAUCCAUCCCGGGAUCCACUUCAAGAUUGUCCACCGGACCAUCUGGAGUUUUACCUGAAGAGUCUUCUGCCUCUUCCUCAGCUCCCUGUGUCCUUCAGGACGCUCCCGGCCACACCAAGGAUGGCAGCUCCACCAGUCCGGAGGUCCCACCUCCUCGCGAUUCUGGAAUAUAUGAUUCAUCUGUCCCGUCCUCGGAGCUUUCUAUCCCCCUGAUGGAGGGACUGUCACAUGACCAGGCAGACUCCUCCUCUUUGGCAGAUAGCGAAUCGUCUUCAUCAGGACUCGGUGACGAGGAACCACCUACUAUGGCGUCGCUUCGCUGCAGCACGGCCUGUAAAGCUCAGCUGCAACACCAUCAUCACCUGGACCACAGUGACGCUCAUGCAGCUUCACUGUAGCAGACGCUGCCAGCCAAUCAACAAAGGUGAACACAGAAAGUGACUCUGGCAGGUGCUGCCAUUGAUUUGGAGACAAAACCAGAAGACUUAAAGGACACUGAGAAGCCCGAGAGCUGAAGUCAGUGGGAAGCUAUCUGCUGGUAGUUCAUCUGUAGUCGGUGGUGGUUGUCUCUGUGGUCUGAAACACUGAUGUCUGUGCAAUCAUGGUCACACCACUACCUAGUGAUUAUGGUAAAUACUGAUUCUAGGCCUGUGUGGGUAUAACCACAACAUCCCAAACACUCGUCUCCCCGGGAAAGAUUUGUUGGUUCCCAUUGGAGGGUUUUUGAAUCUGCAGACCGAUCUGAUCCGACCGGCUCCGACCAAAGCUGACAUUCAGAAACACGAUGCAGAACCAACGGUCGCUUCAUGCAUUUUUAGAUGCAAGACACAGAAAAACUCCAUAUGGUAUAACAUCCUGCAACGAGGCUGUUGAUCUCCACAGUAUGGACUAAAACCAGCUAAACUCUAAAUAUCUUCAGUUUAGCGGUUUAAAAGUUGUUUUUUGUGAAGUGCUACUUUUUCUCUAAAUGUGCCAUUUUGCUGGCGUGUUUCUGGGUAACAUUUUCACAUAAAGACAUUUUUAUCCGAAGUUUUCAGCAACAAUCAACAGUCUGUUGAAACUUUAAUGCAAACCUUGUUAGAUAUAUGUCUAAAUUUAACACAACUGGUAAAAAAGUGGUACUAAGACCUGAUAAUGUGAUAUAAUAUAAAUACAAGAGUUUUAUUUUUUGCUUGUGAAUAGAAAAUUAAGUUGUAUUCUUUAUACAUUUGUGUAACCUGUGUCACUCCUGCAAUAUUUUUACUGUGGUUACGUUUUCUAAGCUUUUGAAGUCUUUAGUUUUCUACAUUUAUAGGUAACAGUUUUUAUGCUUUCACUGAACCCUCACUGAGGAACAGAUGUACCGAGAGAGAGUGGUGGAAAUUAAAUUAAAGGUCUUCUGACUGUAGUGUAAUGAUUACAAGUUCAGAUCAGAGACAGUGCUGUGAAAAAGUAACACCCAGGUCUGCCAGACCAAGAAAUUACCUAAAUAGAACCUGUCUGACAACAUGAAGUAGGCUGAAAGAUUCAUAAAAGCAACAAUUAAUCACUCGAUGUAAAGAAAUUCAGGAACCGAUGAGAAACAAAAUGGUUGAAAUCAAUCUGGAAAGGUUUACAAAGCCAUUUCUAACAAUGUGGGACUCUAGUGAAAUUUAAAGAGAACCAAAUGGAGAAAACAUGGAACAGUGGUGAACCUUCCUAGGACCAGGCAGCCUACCAAAAUCACUCCAAGAACUCAUCAACAACUCACCCAGGAGUUCAUAAAAGAACCCUGAACAACAUCUGCAGCACUGCAGGCCUCACUGCCUCAGUUCAGGUCAAAGGUCAUGAUUCAACAAUAAGAAAUUCUUGGGACUUGGUAAAAAUGGCCUUCAUAGGAGAAAACCAUUGACCCAAAAGAACACAAAGACCCGUCUCACAUUUGCCAAAAAUCAUCUUGAUGACCUUUCAUGGAGAAGACAAACGUAAACGUUUUUGAAGGGGAUGCAUCCUGUUACAUCUCGGGUAAAACCAUUACAGCAUUUCAGAAAAAGAAAAUCAUUCACAGUCAAAAGUGGUGGUAGUGUGAUGGUUUGGGGCCGGUCUGCUGCUUGAACGGGUCCAUGAACCAUGAAUUCUGCUCUUCUCUCCUGAAGACAAAUGCCCAUCCAUCUGUUUGUUUAAGCUCAAGCACACUGGGGUUUGCAGCAGGACAGUGAUCUGAAGUACACCAGCUAGUCCACCUCUAAACAGGCUUUAGAUCAGCCUAGUCAAAGUCCAGACUUAAUUCUUCUUAUUCUUCCAGGGUGGAUGAAUUAAAAAGAAUAAAUGUAAAAUAAUCCUCCACAGUGAGAGACUACUUGAUGUCAUUGCUGCCUAGGGUGGCACAACCAGUUCUUAUGUUCAGCAGCCAAUUACUGUUUCACAUGAAUCAUGUUAGUUAGGACAGCUUUGUUUAAUAAAUUCUAAUUUAAUAACUACCAUUUUA